UGAUUUUUUCUAUUUAUGGGUAAAAAUGGUAUAGAAACAUUGAGAAUAUGGUUAAAAAAUUAUCCUCAUUUUCAUUAGGGAUUUUUACCAUCAAAAAAUAGUGAAAAUGAAAGAAACAUGAUACAAACUAUCAUACAUUAUGAACCGAGAAAAAAUAGUGUUUUUGUGGUUGAUACCAUCUAUUUUAACCCUCAAUCUCUCCACUCCAAUAGUUCAGAUUGAUUUCACUAAGAAAAUGCUCCCUCGUUCCCAAAAAGGAGGUUCACAAGUAGAAUUUUUCGUUAUAGAACAUAGUUAUUCGGGAACGAGAAUCUUACGAUCCCUCGUUGACAAUUGAGUUUGAAAGUAUACGAAAAUAGUUUGAAUCAGGAUACAUCAAACGAAAAAAAUAAGUCGACAAUUUCAGUCAGAGAAAGCCCUUCGGGUAAAUCUGAACGUAAUUGAUGCUAUACUAAUAGUUAUAGAAACGUAUCAUAACUAUCUUCGCAGACGAAAUUUUAUGAAAAGACAAG